UUGAGCGGUUAAAUUAGUUUAAAAUGGAUUACCUCGAUUAUACUUGUUGUUAAUGAAUAACAGCUGUCGAAAUGUUUGGAUAGGUCUGGAAAUCGGGAAUUACUUUUUGCAGGUGUCCCGAGAAUAAAACGUUGGCAGACCGUUACUGAAGGCUUUCUCGGGUCUCAUAAAUUCACUGAAACGCCUUCUGUUCUCCUGCCGGCCACAUCCCUCCGCCGGGGGCAUGAGCGCGGAGGAGCAGUCCCGGCUGCGGUCCCUCUUCCACGCCUACGACUUGGAUAACUCCGGGCAGAUCAAGAGAGGCGAGUUCCUCAACAUCUGUGCGGAGCUGCAUGUGUCCCAGGCGGAGGCUGACCAGAUAUUUAACAGAUUGGACGUGGACAACGACGGAGCCGUCACCCUGCCAGAGUUUAUCAGCGGCUUCCACGACCGCAACGGAGAGGACAUGGAGUCCGACGGAGGAGACGGGUCCGCCGCCUGGGAGAACUUCGAGAGGAGGCUGGGCGAGCAGGCCAAGUUCAUCCCCAGGAAUGAACAAGCCGCUACGUUGUACGAGAACAUCAGCCUGAAUGAGCCCAGACUCAUAAACCCGUUUGAGAAAGUCAUCAUAAACUUUACCAAAGAGAUCAGACAGCAGAACUCAGAGAUGGAGAGCCUGGCACUUGCCAUCAAACGAGCGCAGGACCAAGCCUCAAUGCAGCUCAGUGAAAUGGAGGAUGAGAUGGACCAACGCAUUCAUGCUGCUGAGAGAAAAACGCAAGAGCAGGAGAAAAAACGAACAGAGGCUGCACUGAGUGAGCUGCGCAGAAGUUAUGAAACUGAAGUGUGUGAGCUGCAGUGUAAGAUCCAGAGGAUGCAGAUGAUCGAGGAGAAAUACAAGAACAUCACGGUGAAGGACGAGAGUCCAGCGCUGAAGAAGAAGAUCAAUGAGCUGACCCUGGAGAACCAGUGUUUAAAACAAGAGUUGUUGAAGUCUCAGACCAAAGUGGCCUGUCUGCGCAGUGAAAUGGACUCUCUGAAGACGGAGCUCACAGACCAAAGCAUCAGCUCUGAACACGAUGAGGAGCUCAUGAAACACUUCGCUGACGAGCGGGACAUCCUGGAGAGCCAGAUUGAGAUUCUGCAGUCAGCCAACAGGAAGCUGCAUGAUAACAACGAUGGCCUGAGAUCCACCCUGGAGAGGAGCAACCGGUCUGGUAACGCUGGAUCACCAGGAGAAAUGAAGGACAGAGCAAGAAGUAAAAGCAUCUGCUUCACAUCACCCUAUGCACUAAUGGAUCGGUUCAGCCAGCGUAUGGAGGAUUUCCCUCCUGUGUACAGCCGCCGGCCCAGCUGUGACACUCUGGCAUUGGCUAUGUGUGACCCGGGCCUGAGGCGCAGAGACAGCAGUGAGUGUGAGGAAGACAGCCUGCCUGAAGUCUACACGGACAGCGGCCUGUCCACACUCAGAGGAUCACACGGAGGCUACGACUCAGAGCAGGAGGUCAAAAGUCUAGAAGAAGAGGACAGGAGGGAGGAGAAGACAGGGAAGAAGGACAACCAUGACAGCAUGAAUGAACACAACUCUGACACUGAUCCAGCAGAUACUCUGGACGGUGAAUCUGCUUUCGGGUCAGACAGCAGCUCAGUUUUGGACUGGAACCUUGAAUCCAUUAGUGUGGUCAAACCCCCGACCACCAGGAAAGCCCUCAGUGCCAUCAGUGUUCAGAAGGAGGACGAGGACAGCGCUGACCUGGGCUACAUGACGUCAGAGAAGGCCUACAGGAUCGUGUUGGCAGGAGACGCAGCUGUGGGGAAGUCCAGCUUCCUGCUUCGUCUCUGCAAGAACGAAUACAAACUGAACUCCAGCGCUACACUGGGAGUGGAUUUCCAAAUGAAGACACUAAUCGUUGAUGGAGAGCCCGUCUUACUACAACUAUGGGACACUGCGGGACAAGAGAGGUUUCGCAGCAUUGCAAAGUCAUAUUUCCGCCGGGCAGACGGUGUGUUGCUGCUGUACGACGUCACCUGUGAGAAGAGCUUUCUCAAUGUUCGAGAGUGGGUGGACAUGAUCGAGCAGGAUGUGUCCCAGGAAGAUAUUCCCAUCAUGCUUGUGGGUAAUAAAUGUGAUCUUAGACAAGAUGGCAAUAACUGUGUCCCUACAAGCUAUGGAGAGAAACUGGCCAUGACCUACAACACUCUGUUCUGUGAAACUAGUGCCAAAGACGGCUCUAACAUCCUGGAGGCCGUGCUGCACCUCGCCAGGCAGGUAACAAAACAGGCUGCUUUUGAUGACAAAGAUCAGUAUCAGUCGCUGCCCAAGUUAGAUGCUCCCAGGAAGAAACCCAACUUCUCCUGCUGCACCUGAUCACAUCCAUCUGGACCUCAUCACAGGUGGAAAAAGGACUACAAAUGCAGAAACUUGCCAAAACAGUGUGUGAAUAACUAAAACAACUAACAUGUGUAUAAAGUGAGCAAACAAACAUGGGAUAACUGCAGAAUACCCGCAACUUCUCACAGUUCAGAUUUAACUUGUAACAUGUAUUGAGCUGUUAUUUCAGCUUUGUGUCUAACGGCCCGUCCACACUACAGCUUCAAAAAAAGCUUGGAGCUGGGCAUAUCUGAAGCUCGACCAACAACCAAUCACAUGAAUCUCCCGCCCCUGACACACAAGCAGCGGUUUGAUUGGCUA